AUGGGUAUCAUCGACCUUGCACUUCAGAUUGACGAAUCAUUCAUCAACGGGCUUUCUCAAGACGCAGUUUUUGAGCUCGGAGUUGCCGCAACACAUCAGAACGCAGCUUAUAUCACUCCGACGUCGGGAACGUCGGGAAACCCGAAACUUACUUUAAUUGAACACGGCCAGUACUGCUCUGGUGUUCUGGCUCAUGCGCCCGGCAUGCUUAUGAACUCUACCACACCUUUGAGGGUGCUUCAAUUUGCCUCGCAUUCUUUCGACGCAUCAAUGGUGGAGACGCUUUCUGUUCUGAUUCUCGGAGGCACCGUUUGUAUUCCAGACGAAGAGACGCGCUUGAACGAUGUUGCAAAAGCCAUAAACGAGAUGGAUGUCACCUGGACUUGUUUGACACCAACUUUCGUCCGCUUCCUCCAUCCAUCAGCUGUUCCAAGCUUAAAGACCAUUGCUUUGGUUGGCGAAGCUAUGUCAAAAUCGAAUGUAGAGGCUUGGUCCGUAAUCAAUCUCGUCAACGCUUACGGUCCAAGUGAAUGUUCCGUCGCAGCGGUUGCCAAUCCAAAAGUAACGCUUCAGACGGAUCCGAAGAACAUUGGGUUUCCAUUAGGUAUUCAUACUUGGGUCGUCGAUCCGAGUGACUACAACAAGCUCGUACCUAUCGGCUGUAUCGGAGAACUACUUGUGGAAGGGCCCACAAUUGCCAGAGGCUACUUGAACGACCCGGAGAAGACAGCGCAAUCCUUUAUUCGAAAUCCUACCUGGGCUGACGAUAGAAACUUCCGUGGAUACCUCACCGGAGAUCUCGUCCUACAAAAUGCCGACGGAAGUUUUAACUUUGUUGGACGAAAGGAUACUCAGGUCAAACAUCAUGGGCAGCGUGUAGAACUUGCGGAGAUUGAAGUUCACCUCAACGCCGAGGCGUGUGUCAAGCAUGGCUUGAUUCUUCAUCCUAAGUCAGGUCCUUGUAGAGGGAGACUCGUGUCUGUGUUCUCGCUGGCAGACGCGGCUGCUGAUGAAGAGAACCCGGGCAGUGAACUGAGAAUCAUAUGUGGUUCUUUAAAGCCUCGCGCAGACUCUCAAAUCAAGGCUAUCCGAGAAAAAUUGACGAGAAAGUUACCGCCUUAUAUGGUGCCAUCAACAUGGUUUGCUGUAGAGGCAAUUCCAC